AUGCGUGCGCGAAUACGCCGUUGGUUUACAGACUUAAUUCUGAGAACCACUAUAUGCUCAGCCAACGUCCUCGCUAUACUACCAUUUCAUCGUAUAAGUGUCGAUAUUCGAUAUUUUUACGGCACGAUAUACACGAUUGUCCUCAUUAUGUGGGCGAAUUUGCGUGACCGCAAGAGUCCCUUGGAUUUCUUCAACCCAAUGUUUGAUUGUGGAAUCAUCGCGGUAGCUGAUAAUCGCGGCUGGUUGUUUGUUAUAUUCAUGUGUAGCCUGGCCUUGCUUACGAAUGUAAUUUUCCACGUCUCAAGUCAUUUCUUUCUGGCCGUAUUGUUUACUUAUCGCUUUACUUGGGUCUUGAAUCGRCGUUUGGCAAGUAUGGCCGGCAACGAAGUGUCAUCAAGUCGGCUGCGGGUUUUGAGCAAAGAAAUCGAUAGCAUWGCUUGCAUCUACACACGCUUGAUUCGGCUGUGCGCGCACUAUACACGCAUACAUCAAUACCAAUUGUUGCUCUUGUUCGGCUCGAUGACCCUUUGCAAUAUUGAAGUGCUAUUCUACGUGCGCCUGCUUUGGAGCGGCAAAGUGAGCAAGUUGAACGCCUUCAAUGUUUUUGCAAUAUUGCAAAUAGUUGUUGUAAAUAUAUUGGACUUUUGGCUGACAAUAACAAUAUGUGAGCAGGCGUUGGUGACGUCCCAGAAAAYGGUGGAAAUACUACGUGAUUUCAUUGAGAACCCCAAAUAUUUGAUAGGUGUGGAUCGGAGCUUGGAAAGCUUUGCCAUCAUUUGCAGCAACACAAAGUUGCGGUUUAAUUUGUGCGGCUUAUUUGACAUCAAUCACUCGAGCGGUCUCAAUUUCCUGCUGACGAUGAUAUUAUACCUUAUAUAUUUAAUACAAUAUUAUCAUGAAAAUCUAUAG